AUGGCCAAACGAAAUUGGAGCUGUGUGGACCCAGAGCCGUAUCUACUCAUUGGCCUAGGAAAUAACAUAUUUCGGAUGAACUUGAAUGGUGGUGAUGAAAAAAGACUCAUUUCUGGAGUGGGAAACUUUAUUCUGAUGGAUUUUCACUACAAAGCAGAAAGUUUAUACUGGGUUGACACAAACACAGGCCUUCUGAGUCAAUCUGACCUGUAUGGGACACACACUCAGAAACUCCUGUCUUUAGGAAAAGGAAUCUCAGGCCUGGCUGUGGACUGGAUAGAAAACUCACUAUACUGGAGCAACAGUGAAACAGGGAUGAUCCAAAGAGCCAGCCUUGGGGGACAAAAUGUAAAAAUGGUCCUCAAAGACCUGUCUCAGCCCAACAGUAUAAUUAUUGAUCCCAACUCAAGAUAUCUCUUCUGGCUGGCAGCUGUAGAGAUGUGCAGUAUUCAGCGCUCAGAUCUUGUAGGACGAAUGAUGACUACAGUGCUUAAAGUUCAAGACAAAUUAGUGGCUUUGGCCACUGACCCAGUUGAGAGGAAGCUGUAUUGGAUCCAGCACAGUGAGAACGAGCUCAGCAUUUUGGGAUCAUGUGAUUAUAAUGGCAACCUCAUCCAUGUCCUCACUCAACAAUUAAGAACAAAGUCACUGAGAAUGAUGCUUUUCCUGGAUUAUAUGUACAUACUGGACUCAGCAUCUCAGAGUGUAAUAAAAAUAAAUAAGAAUACAGGAGGCCCUCCAGAAAACAUUAACUUCAAACUGAUGCCACAUGUUCCUUUGGAUGUUAAAUUGAUUCAUCCUGAGAUGCAGCCUGUAGUGCAAACCAGCCUUCCCAUCACUCAAGUAUGUGAUCCUUUGGCAGAGAAGUGUUUGAGUGUGUGUUCCAGCUCUAGUGACUCAUCUCAGUGUUGGUGCAGAAACGGCUUCACAUUUAGCAAAAAGAGUAAUCACUGUGAAGACAUAAAUGAGUGUGCUUUAUGGAAUCACGGCUGCUCUUUGGGAUGUGUGAAUGUUCCUGGUUCUUAUUUUUGUACCUGUCCUAAUGGAUACAUCCUACUGCCCAAUCACAAGACCUGCUGUGAAAUUAAGCCAUGUGUGGAAAAUGGUACACUUUGUGAGCAUGCAUGCACACACACUUCAGAGGGAGAUGUAUGUGUGUGUCCAGUUGGAUCCCUACUACAGUCUGAUGGACGUUCCUGUACAGGGUGUGAGUCUGCAGAUCAAGGUGGCUGUAGUCAAGUGUGUGUGACACUGUCACCUGGCAAGUGGGAGUGUGCAUGCCAACCUGGAUACCAACUACAGCCAGAUGGUAAACAGUGCAAAGCCACAGAGGAGUCAAACAACUCUCCCCCCAGGCCAAGCACGCCAAAGCCGUACGAUAUUACAACUCUACAGCAGCAUGAAAAUAGAGGGGAGAGCUGCCCUUCCAGUCAUGAUUCAUACUGUCUUUCUAAUGGUGUAUGCCUCUACUUUCCUGAGGUGGAGGCCUAUGGCUGCAAUUGUGUUCCAGGCUAUAUGGGCGAGCGGUGUGAGUUUAGUGAUCUGGAAUGGUGGGACCAACAGCAAGCAGAACAAGAAAAGAAGAGAAACAUGGCCAUCGCUGUGUGCAUUGCUUUACUCAUCCUUCUGCUAUCCAUCACUGCCAGCAUCACUUACUGUUACAGAUGCAGAAAGUAUGUAGGAAAACAAGCCAAUGCUGACAUAAGUUAAACAAGUGUAUAUGAAGAAAGCAUUACAGAAACAUUGUCCGUCUGUCCUCAGCUAAUAUGCACAUUCCGAAACCACACGAAAAAUGGAGGUUUGUUGGGACAAUAUGGAAAAUGGAUAGUAAAGUGCAUAAUGUCAUUAAACGAUUCAAGAAAUCUGGAGGAAUUUCAGAGCAUAAAGGGCAGAGGUGCAAGCCUAACCUAA